GGAGAGCACUAUCAGGACCGGAAAUCAUCGAUUGAUCAAAAUGGGCGACAAGUAAACGAUGAUCCGCCUAUGUCAUCAACAGCGCGUCAGAAACAUCCCUGACUCUUGAUUAACGGUGUAUUGUCUUACAUAACCCAAGAGUACCAAGGGAAAUGUUUUCAAAACAGAGGACAUGGUUGUCAGGAGCGCUGUGGAAGCCGAAAAACCCACAUUCAUUGGAACACCUGAAGUACCUGCACAAUUUGCUGUGUAAAAACCAGCAGGUGACAGAGCAAAAUCGCAGCCUUCUUGUAGAGACCCUUCGAUCCAUCUCAGAGAUUCUUAUUUGGGGUGACCAAAAUGACAGCAGUGUGUUUGAUUUUUUCCUGGAGAAGAACAUGCUGUCAUUUUUUCUGCGCUACUUGCAGCAGAGAUGUGGACGAUACAUUUGUGUUCAGCUGCUUCAAACACUCAACAUUCUCUUUGAAAAUAUUAGAAAUGAAACAUCCCUAUAUUAUCUGUUGUCCAACAACCAUGUCAACUCCAUUAUUGUUCAUAAAUUUGACUUUUCGGAUGAAGAGGUUAUGGCUUACUACAUUUCUUUCUUGAAGACUUUGUCACUGAAGCUGAACAAGCACACCAUACAUUUCUUUUAUAAUGAGAUGUCUGAAUUUCCUCAUACCAAUGACUUUGCUCUUUAUACUGAGGCCAUUAAAUUCUUCAACCAUUCCGAAGCAAUGGUGCGCAUUGCUGUUCGAACCAUAACACUGAACGUUUUUAGAGUUGAUGACAAGGCAAUGCUUCGCUAUAUUCGUGACCGUACUGCAGCGCCUUACUUUUCCAAUCUUGUGUGGUUCAUUGGCAAUCAUAUCCUCGAUCUUGACUUGUGUGUUCGCCACGAUAUGGAUCACCGCAGUCGUGACAGGUUAUCAGACCUUGUUGCUGAGCAUUUAGAUCACCUGCAUUAUCUAAAUGACAUCCUUUGUAUUGGCCUGGACACCCUCAAUCUGGUUCUCAUCCACCAUCUUCUCAACAACCUCUUCAUCCCUCUCUACGUUUACUCUCUGACCAAACGAAAAAAGUUUGAUGAUCCUCAGGAUGACAGAAAACAUGUCAGCUCUGUCGUCUCAUUGUUUUUGCUGUCACAGGUGUUUCUGAUUAUGCAUCACCGACAGCUUACUCAGCAGCUGGCAGAAGUCAUUUUUCAUGGAGACAUCUUUCUGACGCAGACUGAAGGAAUGCAAAAUUCCCCAAAAGCAGGUAUUAGAGAAUUUCGAGCCCCAGCAGAGUCAUUAGAAAAAACCCUGGAAAACAACCGUCCCAAAAAACGGCACAUCCAGACUGCCCCUCCAUCUGUCGGGCAAGAAGAUGGAGCUGUUGGAGAGACAGAAGAAGGAAGCUCCACAUUUUAUUUGACAAGAGAGGAGCAUACUGACACAGUAUCGUCUCCCUCCACAGAGGGAGCUCUGAGCCCAAUAAGUGAGGUGUGCUCAGCAGACACUGAGUUGUCCAGUCCCACUCAGAAUUCUACUGAUGAAGAAAAGCUUAUUGGCCUUUCUCAUCGCAUGGCCAUUCCUUCUGGGAUGCCUGAUCACCCACUGCCCUUCACACUGGAGAACAGGCCAUACCUGGAAACAAUAUUCAAUGCCUUGGAGUGUAUGGAGAAUGACUACUCAGCCCUUUUUGCUCUAUGUCUUCUCUAUGCCAUAGGACACAAUGAAGGAAUCUCGCAGACCCUUCUAGAUGGUGUUAUGAUGCCAACUGAGAGGUCAAAGAGCAAAGACAACUACAACAUUCUGCUAGUGGAGCGUUUGAUCCGCAUCAUUGAACAAGCUUGUCAGUCAGGGAGCAAAGUGCGUCUAGCAACACUGGAAGUAAGCAUCAAGCUGCUGAAACAGCUUGUUGUUCGUGAGCACCGCUCCUAUCUCCAGGAUCGUCAUCUGGCCUGUAUUGAAAAUGCUCGUGAAUGCUCAACACAGCGUCUCCGCAACUUUUACAAGAGUGAAGAGAUUUUUCUGGACAUGUUUGAAGAUGAGUACAGAGAAAUGAAGAAUAGACCGCUGAAUGUGGAGUACCUCAUGCAGGAUGCCUCAAUCCUGCUGCCUCCUACUGGCACGCCCCUCACUGGCAUUGACUUCAACAAACGUCUUCCAUGUGGGGAGGUGGAGAGGACACGGAAGGCUAUACGUGUCUUCUUCUCAGUUCGGGAACUUUCCUUGUGCUUGAUGAAUGAGACAGAGGCACAGUUACCACUAACCAAAGAGGACAACUGCAUCAAAGUCAAUGAUGUUCUUGAUCUAAAUAACAGUGACCUGAUAGCUUGCACUGUUCUCAUGAGAGAAAGUCGUCGCCAGGAACGGCGCUUUUUAGUAAUUGACCCAAUGCAACUUAUCCUUGUUGAGCCUGAUUCAAAACGCUUGGGAUGGGGUGUUGUGCGCUUUGUUGGUUUUUUACAGGAUGUGGAAGUGUCUGGAGACAAGGAUGACAGUCGCUUGCUGCAUGUUGUAGUACACAAGCCCUCAUCUUCAAUACAUUCCCGAUCUCAUCCCAUUCUCUCAGCUCGCUUCAUCUUUGAUGACCACAUCAGAUGCAUGGCUGCCAAACAGCGGCUGCUCAAAGGCCGGCAACGAGCCCGACUGCAGAAGAUGCAGGCCAUCGAGCGGCUGCUAGACAUUCCUCCUGCACCAGAUGGUACACGCUCACGAAGCAUCCCAAUUCCUGGUCGUAGUCAUCCUGUGAGACCAACAUCAUCUUCUAGUUCAACAACAUCCUCUCCAGUCUCUACCCAGAGUCAAGGACGUGGUUCCAGACGGAUCUCAGCUGAACAGAAACGGCAUCUACAGGCAAAGGCUGCUCAACGUAGCAAAAGUCGCCAGGUCAUGGGACCAAGCAUGGGAACAGGGCUGCGAAGUGGCGUCAGCCCAGCACGUGAUGGAGUAGAAAUGGGAGAGGAGGCUACCUCAGCAAUGGCUGUCCAGUCACUCAAUCAGAACAUAAGUAGCAACAACAGCAGUGGUAGUGAGAGGAUGUCAGGCUCUUCACGCAGUUCAGGGAGACUAGUGUCUGCAGGCAGCAGAGGAAAUCAAGGUGACGAAGCCCGACUGGAGAUACCACUAGAAGAUCUUUCAACAAGCAGCAAGCAACAUCGCAGCCUUUCUUUUGAACGUGCCCGCUUGGCUCGCCUGGCACGGGAGGCUGGAGUGCGCACUAACCAUGGUCACCAUCAGGCAGUUCACCACACUCUGAUGAUGCGGUCUCACUCUCUGAGUCCCCACCGCUCACGGCAAGAGACCAGCUCUCUCAUGUCACGCAAAGACCCCCGCCGCCAGUCAGCUCCUCAGACCCUUGCCACCUCUUUUAAAGCACCCAGCAUUUUGCAGACCAUUCUUUCCCAGUCUGGCUCAGACCGCCGCCCACAGAUUACUUGUAGUGGUUCUUCAUCUGAUGACAGUCCUGACAGUGGGCGUGCACGCAGCUGGUCUGGUGGUGCACCUAAGACAUUGCUCCCUGCCUCAGCACCUUCUUUGUCUCUCAUGGAUUCGAUUGGUCACAGUCGCCGCAGCAUAUCAGCAGCAAUGUUGUUACCUCCUGAGAGGACAACAGUGGUGCGACGGUGCGAAGAAGAGGAGGAAGAGGAGACCAGCAGGUCCACAACUCUAGAGGUGGGGUCUGGAGACCAGGGCAAGUCGACCGACUCAGCACUUUCCUCAGAUGAAACUGGACCAAGCAGCUCAGAUAUUACUCCAUCCAGUGAGACCAGUCUUUCAGAUCUGGCUUUGGGCUCAGAGAUUCGACCCUCAGCAUCUACCAGAGAUCGCUCAACCUCCAGUCAGCUCACUCAACUUGCCCAGCUUGUGCAGGAGCAUUAUGCCUACAGCUGCUACUGAUGUGGAGGCUGGUAACACAGACCUUGGUCACUGAGCAUUGAUGAUGCUAUCAGUUGGAGAGUUGUUGACAGUGAUCAACGUCUGAUAUGCUAAGAUUCAAACUCUGAUCCUGAUAUUAUUAGAAAUGGGGCAAACUUGUAUUGCCUUAUCACCAAUCUUCAGUUUCAGAACCUUUGAUAAGCAUAGAUGAGCUCAAAAUAAAAUGGUUAUGUUGUGAAAGCCUGUAGCCACCAAAGUGGAAUUUAUAUUUAGGCCACUAUCUCCAGUUUUACAAACAUAGCAUUAGAGUGCACACUGUAUAUACAGCACAACCUUAAUUUAUUAAAAUGUCUGUCCACUUUUAAUGUUGGUCACUUUGUUUUAAAGAUAAGCAAUUAUUUUAAAGCAACGAUAGCUUCAAAAGAUGGAACACAAAAAUGGCUUUAAUUGUUCAUUUUGCUGGUCAAAGUCCACAAGAACUGCAUCGUGAGGAGGGUGUGGAAUCUGCAUAAUACCAUUGGUCUUUUUGGAAGAAAUUAAAGUCUUUUUGCAAGGAAUGCAGUCUCUCUAAUACGCUUUAACACCAGAUUUUUUUAUGAGUUAUUCUAAGGCUCUGGUCAACACUGUUCAGAUGUGCUCUUUGCUUUGUAUGUUUUCUCUGCUCUCUGAAUCACUAGUAGAGAUUUUACUGUUUUUCAUUCUGAUAUUUUUGGUCUUAUUUUCUUGCUGCAGAAUUUCUGAUUAAUUUUGUCUCCAUAUUUCUUUUUCAUAUUAUGGGGAUAUUUGGUUUCAUUAUUUGCUGCUUUGGAAGAGGGGUUUUGCUGAUUCUAGUGCAAUAGCUAGAUGAAAAGACUGAAGAUAUCUUUACUAGACUGAAACAUUAGAAGCAAGAACAUUUAUGUAGUCAUGAACAAAAUUUGCAUAUUAUGGUUCAACCUGAUAAACUGAUGUGCUGUGGCUAGAUUUGUAGAAUAACUGCACAUUAUAAUAUUCUGUGGAUGCAUUCAGUGAUGUGAUAAUUUUGACAUGUGGUUACACCAUAGUCUCAAGAAAAUUAUGACAAGCUUACCAACAGGAGAAUCAACAUUGUCAUCUCCAGAAAUCUUUUGUGUACAUGUACCAUGUAGUGUAUUUAUGCAACUACACAGAAUCAGCAUAGUACUGUGAAAUUAUGUGUGGUAUGGUGUCUGAUACCAUACUUGUUUACUCAAGUUAAAAGACUACACAUGGGUUAUCCAGCAAUAAGAUGUUGCUUGCAUUUGUACACACAUGCAUUGAUGUGCCCACGUGCAUGUACGCGCGUGUGUGUGAACAGACUUAUAUCAUCUGUUGACUGAGUGGCUGUGUAAUCAGAGUUGUGUUGCUUUGGAGCAGGAGAUGCUUGAAGGUUUGGAGGAGAAAGAAACCUGACAUCAAAUACCAGGAACUUAUAUGCUGCUAAUGGCAUGCCUUGGUCCUCUCUAAGCAUUGUGAUAUGUACUUAUUGUGUUUACAGAUAUAUGUAAUGUUAAAUAUUGUUUUACUUGUUCAAUACCUUAAGUCACUGAUGAUGGUUCCUUGGGGACUGGCAUGCACAUGUAACAGUGUACCAAUGAGAAUGAGAAAAAACUUACAUCUGAAGCAUUGCUCUUAGUUUUAUUAAAUUAUAAUAUAUGAUAGAAAGUUAUGUUUAAAGAUUUCUAGAAAUCACUAAAUCAUUUUAUAAGUGAAAUAUUUUAUAGUCGUAGUGCUACCUCCUCUUGUUUGCAAAGAAAAUCUUUGAAAUGAGAUGUAAAUGAUUUUACACCUGUAUUAAACCUGUAAGAAUAGCACAUUGGUGAACACAGACUACAACAUAUUUUGUCAGCUCUUGCUGUGAACUACCAUUUGUGAUAUUUUUCAUGUUAUUUAUUGCAAUUAUUCCAGUAACAAGUUGUCACAGAAACAAGAAAGUUAGUGUUGGCAGCUAGUGAGGACAUUCCAUAGAAGAAUGUUACUGAUCUUUUCAUUCACCACCACACUGUGUGUCAUGCAGCCAGUUCACUUCUUGUCAGAAGCAGAGAGCUAGUAAGUCCUUUCAUUUGUUGCUGUCAGUCCUUACUUGCUGGCGGGGCUUUGGAUGAACUUGUACACCUCUUUACCUUUGGUGUAUAACUUCCUUGUUUAUGUGCAUCAGGCUUGCAUAUGAAAGGGGAGAUCAUGAACUUCACAAUUUCCAGUUGAAGGACAGUAUGUGGACAUUUACGUGUCCUUUGCAGGUCUUGUAAUGAUUAUCAGAAUGUACAGCUGCGUUGAAUAUGUGGACAGGCCUUUUCCAGCUUGCAGUCAUUUGGUCUUGAUACAAAGAAGUUAAAGCUGCAUAAAACUGUAGCGUUCCUAACAGUCUACAUUCAAUGCACGAAUAUGUGAAAUGAAGUCAGACUGAUCAUACAAGGUGGGUUCAGUUCAAAGUCAUUUGUAACUGUUCUGUGAUAAGCAAUACACUGUACAUUUAAAAAAACCACCACAGUUAUCACAAAUCUUCUUGAGAACCAUUUUCUUACAUUUAGGUAGACUGUUGUUAAUAUGCAGUUGCAGAUGAAGAAAUCAACUUCGGUUAAUAUUUAGCAUAGCUGGGACUAGGAAACACAAUAUUUUGUAGGAAGUAAGAGCUAGUCCACUUAUCAUGACCCUUUGCAUACUAAUGUUUUUGUUGAUGGUUCUGCUAUAAGCAAAACCUCAUCAUUUGUAUCUUUCUUCAAGCAUGCUGUUGUAGCAUGCUGUGAUGUUUCUGAUGCUUUCUCAUGCUGACAUAGAGAAGUCCUACACUUCCUUUUAGAUUUGGUUGGUGAAAUGUGAGAAAUUGAAGUAAUGCUGAGAUUGUUUUGUGGUGUCUAUGACUUUAUGCCAAAUUAAAAAAGUAUUAAAAACUCUCA